UAAUCAAUAUUUCAUUUUCUGGUGGCUUCCCUUGCUUGCCUGCCCUGUCUCCUUCCAUAACCAUUGAAUCCAAAGCAAGAAAACUGGAAUCAGGUCGUUGGAGCCGCUUUUCAAACCCCGCGGUAACCCGAGAUUCAAGGACGGAAAAGAAAUGGAGGGAGUGACAGCGGAAAUAUCUGAUAGAGAAACAGAGAGAUUGACAGGUUGGGAGACCAAGAUUACACUUUUACAACACAGCCAACCGAACCCAUCAUCUAUUUUUGGUCUUAAAACAAAACAAAUACUGCACAAAAAGAAAACAAAAAGAUUCACAGAGAAAUUUUUUGGGUUUGCAAAUAGCUUUCCGCCGGAGGUGGCGGUGGUGUUGGUGUUCUUGGAGACUUUCAUUCCAUUUUUAAUACCCUUUUCUUUCUUUGGUUGAUUGGUUCAGGAUUUUUGUUUUCUGGAGAUUGGGUUUUGGUUGAUCUUUGUCUUAAUCUGUAGUGGAAAUUUCCCAGAAAAUUUUGUGGAGAACCAAUUGAAAGAAUUCCGAGAACAGAACCCACUGAGUUAAAUAAAAGGGGUGGUGAUAAGAAAGGAUAAUGUCGGACUCGGCGUCUUCGCCGAGUUCUUCUCAAGAUCCUCCUCCGUCGGCGGCUACAAAUUCUACGUCUACGCUUUCUUCCGAAACUUUUCCUCCACCUGAAGGUUCAACGGACUCGAUAUCAGGUUUAUUCGACGAGGAUGUAGUAGCGUCUCCACCUUCUGAAUCUGACGAGGAAAGUUCACCGCCACCACCAACACCAGCAUCACCUCCACCUGCAAGAUCUCCUCCUCCUUCACCUCCACCAUCAUCACCACCGCCUUCCAGCUCUCCUCCUAAUAGUCCACCCCCAACAAUAUCAAAUUCUUCUGCAGUCUCACCACCACCAGAAUCAUCAUCAACAUCUCCAUCUCCAAAUUUGUCACCACCACCAUCUUCCACUUCUCCUGCCGCAGAAAAUAAUCCGUCUCCCCCUCCUCCUGCUAAUAAAUCCUCAACAAAAUUAUCACCCGCUAGUGAAUUUGUUCCACCACCACCUUCAACAAGAACAGUAGAAUCUCCACCUUCGCCGACAGAAUUUAUAUCUCCUCCUUCUCCAGUUUCCGAUGCGGCAUCUACAGCAUCAAAUUCAAAUGCGACUUCAUCAUCAACUGCGACUUCAUCAUCAACUGCGUCCCCUCAGACAAAUUCUACUAGUUCUAGUACUUCUAGGGGCUCAUCAUCUGGAAAUUCAUCCUCAACUUCUUCGAAGCAAGCAUACACGACCAGCACCGAUAGCACUGGGAAUACAACAACUCAUGUAUUGCUUGGUGCAUUCCUGGCGGGUGCGGUGCUCCUUGCAAUAUUUGCAAUCAUUUUUUUUGUGACGAAGAGGAAGAAAAGACAUGAUCAUUAUGCAGCCCAUUACAUACCCCCCAAAAAUUUUGCUGUACAAACAGAUGGAUAUUACUACGGACAGAUUGGCCAGGCGAAUUCCUAUGGUUCGCAAAUUUUACAAUCUCCAGAUAGCAGCUAUGAGAGUCAGAACAUCUCUGGAGAAUCAGGUCUGAUAAGUGGAACUAAGACCCAUUUCAGUUAUGAAGAGGUGAUGGAAAUGACAAAUGGAUUUUCUCGUCAAAAUAUCUUGGGUGAGGGUGGAUUUGGAUGUGUUUACAAGGGACAAGUUCGUGAUGGAAAAACAGUGGCUGUCAAGCAGCUUAAGAUAGGCAGUGGACAAGGCGACCGAGAAUUUAAGGCUGAAGUUGAGAUUAUCAGUCGUGUUCAUCAUCGGCAUUUGGUCUCAUUAGUUGGCUACUGCAUCUCUGAUAACCAACGUCUGCUUCUUUAUGAAUAUGUUCCAAAUAAAACUCUUGAGCAUCAUUUGCAUGCAAAAGAAGCAGUGUUGGAUUGGCCUAAAAGAGUAAAAAUUGCCAUAGGUGCUGCAAAGGGUUUGGCUUAUUUACACGAUGAUUGCAAUCCGAAAAUUAUUCACAGAGACAUUAAGUCAGCAAACAUUUUGUUGGAAGAUAACUUUGAAGCACAGGUAGCAGAUUUUGGACUUGCCAGACUAAAUGAUACGACUCAGACCCAUGUAUCAACUCGAGUCAUGGGAACAUUUGGGUACCUGGCACCUGAAUAUGCAUCAAGUGGAAAAUUGACAGAUAGGUCUGAUGUGUAUUCGUUUGGAGUUGUACUUCUAGAGCUUAUAACUGGAAGGAAACCUGUCGAUCAGACUCAGCCUCUGGGGGAAGAAAGUUUGGUUGAAUGGGCUCGUCCACGCCUUCUUCAAGCAAUUGACACCAGUGAUCUCGCUGAAUUAAUUGAUCCUAGGCUUGAAAAGCAUUACGUGGAGAGUGAAGUGUUCAGGAUGGUCGAGACAGCAGCCGCUUGUGUUCGCCACUCUGCUCCAAAGCGGCCACGGAUGGUGCAGGUGGUGAGAGCAUUGGACAGUGAUGAAAUGUCUGAUCUCACUAAUGGUGUAAAAUACGGCCAAAGCACAGCAUAUGAUUCUGGUCUGUACAAUGAAGAGAUUAUCAAAUUCAGAAAGAUAGCCUUGAGUAAUGAUAGCUCCGAGUUAGACACAGUGAGUGGAGAAUACAGCUCAAGAGAUGUAUCCCGUGGACCACCAAUUUCAAAUUCCUCAACUGUAGAUUUAGAAACUGAAGCUAGAGAUGGCGUUGACAAGAGAUGAUGAUGGUGAUGGGGUAAUAGAGACGCAUGCAUCAGAUCUUCAGCAUCAGAGAGGAGGCCAUACUUGAAAUUGAAAAAUUAACUACAUGGUUGCUCCUGAUGAUUAUUUGAUCAAACGAGGAAUUAAUGGAGUUUCAAGCUUGCAGACUUGAGUCUUACUCAAGAUUCUAUGUAUUUAUUAAAUUCUUUUUGGUAUCAGUGAUCCCAGUAGCCAUGGGGCUUGUUGAUACUAGAGCAAGAUGAAUUCAAUUUUUAAUGCAUAGCCAUAUACAAAUAUACUCAAUUUCUAGUAAGAAACUUCUAACUUAUGAUGUAAAGUAUGAAAAAAAUUCAAAAAAGAUUUAACUAUAUUAGUUACCCAUUUUUUGCUUUAA